AUGCUGGCAUACUGGCUGUUCGUUUGGGCAACGCUCACCCUCGCCGUUCCAACCGGCGAUAGCCUCCACGAAAGACAGGAUGACAACCACUGGGUCGUGACAUGGACGUCCAUGCCCCAAGACGUAGGGCAGAGCAACCUGCCACCUUCGCCUUACAACGGAGCAAGUGCCGAAUUUCGCAAUGCCACCCUCCGCCAGACCUUUCACGCCUCCAUCGGCGCAUCGCGCAUCCGCGUUCAGCUUACCAAUACCUUUGGGGGUUCAGAUCUGCCCAUCACAGCGGCCUCUUUGGCUCUCCCCAUCGGCGGUGCGGCUGGUGUCCCGGGGAUCGAUACCUCCACCCUCAAGGGACUCACUUUCUCCGGGUCCUCGUCCGUGACUAUCAAGCAAGGCACCGUUGUCUACUCUGACCCCAUAGACUUCAACGUGACCCCUCAAGCGAACAUCGCAUUGAGUCUGUACACACAGUCGGGGCAAUCUGGAACCCGUAUCACGGGACACCCCGGAAGUCGCACGAGUUCAUGGAUUCAGAGCGGAAAUCGAGUGAAUGCAUCUUCCAUCAGCGGUGUAAAUACAACGCAUUGGUACUUUGCCAGUGCGGUGGAGGCGUGGGCUCCCAAGAACAAGUCUGCGUUGAUCGUCCUCGGGGACAGCAUCUCAGACGGACGCGGGAGUAUCGACAACGAGAACAACCGCUGGCCCGACCUGCUCCUCGCUCGCAUCCGAAAAAAUGGCUUCACCAACAUCGCCAUCGCCAACGAAGCAGCAGGCGGCAACGCAGUCCUCAGCGGCGGCAUCGGCCCAACGCUCCUGUCACGCUACCACCGCGACGCCCUCGGGCAACAAGGUGUCGCCCGCGUGCUCAUCUUUGAAGGCGUAAACGACAUUGGCCCCAGCGCCACCGACGCGGCCACGCAGCAGCGCAUCGGCGACGGGCUCAUCAACGCUUAUAGCCAAAUCGUGGCCGACUGCAAGAAGGCCGGGCUGGCCACCAUCGGGGCGACGAUCACGCCGUUUUCGGGGACCGGGCAGUCGUACGCGGACCCGGCGAGGGAGCAGACGCGGCUGCGGGUGAAUAAGUGGAUUCUGGAGAACGGGACGUUUGAUCAAGUUGUUGAUUUUGCGUCGUUUAUUGGCGAAGGGGACCAGUUGAAGCCGCAGUUUGAUAGCGGUGAUCAUUUGCAUCCGAAUGUGGCUGGGUACCAGGAGAUCGCGGACAGAUUUCCUCUGGACAUUUUCCAGAGUUGA